AUGCGUAAGGACGGUGUGGUGUUUUUCGAUGGAGCUGCCCGUAUGGGCGAAGGUUGUGGCGGAUCCGGAGCGGUCGCAAUGCCCCCUGCCGAGCCGCUACUUUGUGAGUAUACUGCGCACUACUUCCCGGCACCGACCACGAACAACAUCGCCGAAUACGAUGGUUUGAUUCACGGCCUCCAGCUUGCCGCGGACAUGGGUUUCACGCACCUCACCAUUUUUGGAGACAGUCAGCUCCUAAGCGCAUGGUGCAGUCCGGUGAACCCCGUCCUGAAGCCCGAUGGCCGCAAGACACUGAAGGCAGCAGACCAGUGGACAGACGACGACAUGUUAAAGAACUACCGUUUGACGAACGACUUCCGGGUCGUCGACUCCACGAUCAAGCCCAAGGCCGGUACCAUGCCGUUCCAGGCAACCAUCUUCCCGCUGCACGAAGACAACUGGGACAUGCUGUCGUCCAUGCUCAAUGGCUGCUCCACGAACGAGGAGUGUUAUCAGGACAUGCUGUUUAAGAACAUGCUGAUCUGGAUUGAUGACAUCUUUGUAUACGCCGAGAAUCUUGAGGCGUAUGUGGUGGCCCUCGAGAAAUUCUUUAAUCGAGUGGCGCACUUCGGCUUCAUCGGCGAAGGCGUCAAGCAGGACCCGGAACGGAUCCAGCACUUGUGUGCCGUUGCCUACCCUACGAACGCGGGCGACUUUCAACAAUUUGUGUGUUCAGUCCAUUGGUUGCGGGAUUCCAUGACCGAGUAUGCACAGACGGUGGACCUACUCCAGCAGUGCUUGACUAAGGCCCUCGAGGGUAAGGGCAAGAAGAAACGCAUCGCGUCUGUGAAGUCCAAGUUACGGGCGUCGGUUGAACUAACUCACCUUCGUGAAAAUGCAACGAUGUGCCUGUUUACGGAUGCCACCGACUAUUCAUGGUUAAUUGUGGUUACGCAAGUGGUGGAAUUCAACAAAGCGACAGCGAUCCAAGAACAACACCAUGAGCUACUCCUAUGUCAGUCGAAGCUCAACUACCUGCUGGUGCGACCUACUGGAUUUCGCAUGUACUGCGACCACAAGAGCCUGCUCCAUGUGUUUGCCCCCGGGGAAGAGUGGAAAGCACGCACCCGCGGGAAGCUCAUGCGGUGGGCAGCUAUUAUUGGCGGCUACCGCUAUGACAUUGUCCACAUCGUUGUCCACAACGUCUGGGUGGACAUGAUGAGUCGUUGGGGACAACCGACUCCAAUUCUGGUGACGAAACGUGUACUCGUCCGACGUGGUCAUAAUUGGACGAAGAAACGGCGCCUGACAAAGACGAAGAAAGCGGCACGACCACAACGAAAGCUGCACCCUUUGAACGACGACUUUGUGUGGCCCUGUGUCGACGACAUCCGCCAGGCCUACAGCGGCGCCAAGUAUGUAUUGGUGCUGAAGGACGACCUUACACACUACUGCGAGUUGGUGGCCUGUGAUGACCCGACGAGUCAAGUGUGUGUUGAUGCAUUGGUGGACUGGUCGAAGCGGUUUGGGAUACCACGAGUCUGGGUCAGUGACCAGGGCACCCACUUCAAGAUCGUGGCAAUGAAGGCGUUGGCGCACAGGUUUAAGAAGGACAUCCAGAAGAACAUCAACGAACUGCGAACAACUUUGCAUGCGAUGCACAAGGAAGUGCUGAAUCGCAACGAGCAACAAACGAGCAAGGCGGCGAAAGCCACAGAACUUUCGACGCCUGCCGCGGUGGAUGAGCGCUACCAUCCCAAACUGCUCAUUACAUGGGUCGGCUCGUACCGCGUCAAGUCAGUGGGUGAAUUCUCCGUGACACAUGAAGAACGCGAAGCCCAAACGUCACGUGUGAAGAUGUAUGCGGAAGCGAGCAUUGAAUUUUUACCGGAUGUGAGCGACUUCAUGGUGGAAGUGUUCUGGGAAGGCUUUGAAGACAUCGAAUCAUCAUGGGAGCCGCUCAAGAAGUUAAUGCGUAAAUGCCAAGUAGUGGUCAAAGCGUAUGUGUUGGCAAAGAAGAAUGCCGAAGACCACUAG